AUGUUUUUUCGUUCAUUCAAUUUAAAUCUAUCGAAAAAUCUAAGAUAUGUUACGUCAGAAUUAGUUGAAUUGUCUAUCAAACGUAAUGUUUCAUCUACAAAACCAAUCAUUCCUCGUUUAAUUCAUCAAACGUGGUCAAAUAAAACAACGCCUAAAGGAUGGUUAGCUACUGUUCAAUCGGUACGCACAUUAAAUUUGGAAGAUUUCGAUUAUUGUUUAUGGACGGAUGAAAUGAUGGACUCAUUCAUGAAAGAAAAAUAUCCUCAAUUUUACAAAAAUAUUUUUAUUAAAUAUCGAUACAAAAUACAGAGAGUAGAUACCUUUCGAUACUUUCUUAUGUAUCAUUAUGGAGGAAUUUAUAUUGAUAUGGAUAUUGGAUGUAUUAGACCACUUUUACACCUUAUUAAAGCGCUCGAAGAUAAUCAAGAAAAGGAGACCGUGAUUGCAUGCUUUCCUGAAACAAAACCAUUGGGUGUGUCAAAUGAUUUUCUUAUAUCAACGAAAAAUCAUCCACUAUUUUCUCGAAUGAUAAAUAAAACAUUAUCAUUUUGGAAUAGAAAUUUUAUUUUGAAAUAUUUGACAGUUAUGUUAAGUACAGGAUCAAUGUUUUUAACAAUACAAACAUACAUUUAUCCUAAAAAUGUACGGAUACUUCAACACGAUCUUUAUUCAGGAUAUUCUCCGUCUAGUUUUACGUGGCAUACAACAGGAUCAACGUGGCAUAAAACAGACGGUUUAAUACUAUUAUUUAUUUACAAUAAACGUCGAAUGAUACUAUAUUUAGCAUUAGGAUUAAUUAUACUAUGGAUGCUAUUUUGUUUGAAAAUUUUGAGCAUUAAACGAAUUUCAACGAUUGUCCAACGGUUGCGUAAAGUAUGCGUGCGUAAAAAUGGAAUAAGAUAA